AGAUGCAACUGAGGGAUUUCUUUGUGAGGCCAAACUCAAAUCCCAAAUGUUCUCAGGGCUGAAAACAAAAACAGCAUGGGUGCUGCACCGGCCACGUUGGCCCCUUCAAUAGAUGCACCUUCUGGCACACAAAAGCACUGAGGGCUCCCUCGCCUCACCGUGCCUCCUGGACAUUCCCCCUCCUCGUGUUGGUGAGAGUACACUGACAACAACUUCAGCCAUCAUGGAUCCAGUGCUGAUGAAGUCACUGGUUGCAUUAUAAGACUUCUCGGUGACUGAGUGAUGAAGGGAAUCGCCCUGAAGUGACGCCCAGUGGGAGCUCUCUGGCUGGCUCCUCCGUCUGUAUGAAGCCAGUGUACAUGGUGGCAUGUGGCUGGGAUUAGGAAAUUUCACUGUGGAUUAAAAUCUUUCCAGCGCCUCCAUGGCCACUCGCUAAAAGAAAGGAGUUGAGCGGAGCACUCUGGGCCCAUGGUCUCUCUGAGCAGCUCCAGGAUGUUCCAGGUGCUCCAGGGUCACAUGCAGCCAGCUGGACACCGAAGCCGCAAAUCUCGCCUGGUCACCAAAGACGGGCACUGCAACAUCGAGUUUGGCAACAUUGAAUACAGCAACCACUUUGCGUACCUGGUGGACUUCUGGAACACGUUUGUGGAGAUCCGCUGGCGCUUUGUCCUCCUCCUGUUUGUGGCUUCGUUCACAGGGAGCUGGUUCAUUUUCAGCCUGCUGUGGUACUGGAUCGCAAAGAGCAACGGGGAUCUGACGGAGCAGAACCGCACAGAUGGACAUGUUCAGUGUAUAGACAAUGUUAACGGACUCACAACGGCGUUCCUCUACUCCCUGGAGACCCAGACCACCAUUGGGUACGGAGGCAGGGCGCUGACUGGACACUGUGCCGGCACUGUGGCUCUAAUUAUCAUCCAGUCACUAAUCGGUGUCUUCAUCAAUUGUUUCAUGUGUGGCGUCAUCUUGGCCAAGAUCUCCUUACCUAAAAAAAGGGCAAAGACUGUCACCUUCAGCGACACAGCUGUCAUCUGCUUGAAGAAAGGAAGUCUGUGUCUCCUGAUCAGAGUGGCCAACCUUCGAAAGACCUUAUUAAUCGGCAGCCAGAUCUAUGGCAAGCUGCUGAAGACAACAACCACACCAGACGGAGACACCAUCAUUCUGGACCAGGUGGACAUUGACUUUACGGUCGAUGCCGGCAAGGAUAACUUGUUUUUUGUUUGCCCUUUGACCCUCUACCACGUGAUUAACAGAUCUAGCCCGUUCUACGAGAUGUCAGCAGACUCUCUUCCCCACCAGGACUUUGAGUUGGUGGUCUUUUUGGACGGGACGGCCGAGUCCACCAGCUCCUCCUGUCAGGUCCGAACCUCCUACAUCCCACAGGAGAUUCAGUGGGGAUACAGUUUCCUGCCCAUCAUCUCCCGCACUAAGACGGGGAGGUACCGUGUGGAUUUCUCAAACUUUUCCAAAAGUGUCCGGGUCACCACACCACACUGCAUCCACUGCUUCGAGACGGACGCAGAUCAGAGAAACCACAACAGCCACAAUCAAGAAAACCACAACAACCAGCAGAAGAUGGGGAUCGACAACUUGGGGUUUCAGGUGAUCGACAUCCAUGACUCUGUGGACAUCACCAAAAUGUGAGCAGUUAGGAGCUUGGGUAAUAAAGUGUGAAAAGUCACUUACUUUCAAGCAAAGUUAGACUUUCUUGACGAGGAGUGAUCAGUGAAGAAAUAUUUGCUUCCUCCACUGAACAUUUGAAUUAAUCUUCGACUUUUUUUUUGCCUCUAACAGCAGAAACAUUCAAAGUGUGGAUAAAAAUUCAGACAUGAGCAAGAGUUAAGCUCUUUGCUCAGCAGCUCAUUACAAUCAAAGCACCUUUGGGACUUGUGACUUUGUCUAGGUAAUGUGUGGAAGAGGGGAAAAAGAGGGAUUGAAGUUUUGACGCAUGGAAAAUGAAAGGGGUAAAAUACUGGAUGGCACAGUGGGUACUUCUUGAGGAGAUUAGGGCCUGAGCCUGUUAUAAUGAAAAACUGUGUGCCAUAAAGACUGUGCAAGGAAAUAAAAAGUAGGACAGGCCUUGUGAGUUUUCUCAUUAUUCCUACUGAAACACAAACUGUAUGCUGUUUCUUGUCAUGUUGAAAUAUCUUGUAUGCCUUGAUAAUUAGGAAUCUGUGGACAUAGCUGCUAAACGAGAUGAUUUAAUUGUGACCAGUCUACAUUUUGUAGAUCAUACUGUCUUAACACUGAAACUUCUUCUCAGGGAAAGUAACAUCCUUUGUAGGAAUAAACCCUUUUUUCACAAUUCAUUGACUUCUUGUUCAUUCUUAAUUUCUUUCUGCCAUUUUCCGCAUUGAAUUUUCAAGAAUAUCAGAAUUAUGAUUGACAGUGGUCAAAUAUGACAGUACAUUUUCUCAAGUGCUGAACUUGAGUACAAAUUUGAGGUACUCCUUGAGUGUGGUAUUUCAACCCAGUUGCCAGAAUAUAUGUUGGUAUUGUACAUUUCUGCAAACAGCAGAUAUCAUACAUUUGCACCUUAUUAUAUUAUUAUCUUAUAGUCACACUGUGCCAAGUAUCGAUUUUUUUUAAUUAUAUAAAUUGGAAUAGAAAAGAAAGUUUUUGCCACUAUAGUAAAAAUAAUGAGAUUACAGGUGCUUUUAAAAAACAGAUAAAACAAGAUAACCAGCUAAAACAUGACAUUCACAGCUAGCUAUAACAGCAAAUGAUAUGAUGAAUAAAAAUAAUAAAAGAUAAAUUAAUGUACAAAUAAUAUCAAUAUUACAAAUACUAAUUAAACAGUAGGUAGCCUCCUAGAAUAAUAUGAUUGCUUUUUCAUUCAGCCCACUAGAGACAUUUUACUGCUGUUUGAAAAAGAAAAAAAAGGGGUGUGAUGAACAGACCGAAACUUUAUCUGACUAGAUAAAACAGAUGUUGACAAAGUUUUCCUCUAGGGACAUAAUUUACAGUUGGAAAAAGGUAAAUAAUAUAUCGUAAUAUAUUUUAUGGCAAUACUCAGUAUAUUGCAACAUAUUUACAAUUGCAAUAAUAUUGUGUUGUGACUUAAUGGCGCGUUCCAGGCAACCCGUAAUCCCUGUUUUUACAACCUUCUACCUGUGAAAGUGCACUGGAACGGCAGUCAAACCCAUAACAUACCACCUGUGAACUCGUACCAGAUCGAUGUACUCCCAGUUACGCUCUCUGACGUCACACAGCCCUCUAAACAACAAUGGCAGCCCCCAUGGAUAUGGUGCUGAUGCAGGUGAUACCUUGUCUGGAAAUCCAGACCCAAAUCUAGAAAGAUUUAGGGUCUGGCCAUGAGUAAUGCAAAUGGCCCAACUCAAGGGGCGGCACCAAGCAUGCAUUUGUAAAUAUCACUGCACGCAAUCGAUAACACUACGACCAAUCAGAACAAUACACGGGGUGACGUAUACACUUAGCUACCAGCGGAGCUAACUGGUAGAUUAGACUCUUGCCGUAUCCGGUCCGCAAAACAGUUAAAAUGUCCUUCUUGCAAAGGAAAGACUCGAGCGCCGUCUUCAGUUCCUCUUUUAGGGAAAAAGCCAAGUCUAAUUCGUUCAUUGUAGCGGCCAGAGCCGUUUCAAACAACUGGUGUUCAUCCGUAGCCAUCUUGCAAUGUUUACUGACUGAUUCCGGACUUCGUCGUUGCAGCGCUGUCGUCAUCAGUUUAGCUCGCCUCUGGCCCGCCUAUAUCAGAUACACCGAUGUGAUUGGUGCAGCUCAGUUUCAUGGGCAUAGGUAAUGAGCAUCAUUACUGAUUGCCAGAGUGACUCGCUGAGCAAAUUCAAAUUGUGCUCUCGCGAGAACUCUGGAUUUCCU